AUGGUGCGCUCUGUCCGUGACAUGGAGGACUUUAUCCCCGGGAUCGUCGCCAUGACGGUAGACUUCUUCAGUGCUCUAUUCGUCUCGACUGUCAUGUCGACCACUGGAUCGGUUUACCUUUCGGUGUUGUUCAUCGCAGCUGAUCUUGGGCAAUCGCUACUAGAAUUUCGGGAGGUGCGCAUGAAUGCAAAGAUUGUUUUUGAGCUACUGCAAGAUCUCAAGAAAAAGUCAUCGAGGUGUGGCAGACUAGCGAAAAAUCCGGACAAUUGCAAUCUACCGACGCUUAUUUUGUCCGUGGCUCGAGAUCCAAACGCCUUCCACGUCGUCUCGUUCGAGGGCGUACGACUAACCGCUUGCUGCCCUCAUCCUCUCACAAGAGAGCAAUCCGAUAUUCUUCUGGCGCUACAACAAUCGCAAAUAUAUCAACCAUCGACUAUAAGGUCAGCAGCACCUCGCCCUGGUCAGAUUCGAAGGGCACAAAUUACACCAUCAGCGCCAGAGAUCGAUACUAUUAGCGGCAAAGGAGCUGGCCCCACCACUGUUCAGGUUUUCGUCACGAGUCCAAAGUGUAUCGCACAGGGAGAUGUAGCGAAAAAGCUGGUGGUUCAGGGCCUGCAACUGACGUUUCACUGCGAAUACCUGGUAUUGGUCGAGUACGUUGAGUGCAUCGUUCCGCUCAUUUUCGUGCUUUACAAAUCUGUGCUCGAGCACCUACCAAACGCUGUGUACUACCCCAGUAGCGCCAGCAAUUUUGGGGCUUCCGCUGUGGCAAACACUCUGGUGUUUGCCUUUCUUGAGAUUGUGUCGCUACUACUGGUUCACUUGUUUCUUCAACGCAAGUUUGCCUUUUCGCCUCUGUACCAACUCGCGUUCGUACUGGAGACGCAAGUCUACAUGGUGCAAGCCCAACUUUUUAUCGAAGGCAUUUUCCUGCUGCAGUACGAACUCGACCACUUUGGUAAGCCCAUGACCUCGUACUCCCGACGCACGAUUCUUACUUACUGUUGUUGCUUCAUCUCCAGGUAUGGACUUCACUUUUCAGUUCAAAUGGCUCCACUGAAACGAGUAGUAAAGCCCAUCGCCUUCAACGAAAUGAUAGGCAGCCUUCUGAAGCCCAAUACUGGUAAAAAAGAAUUCAUCAUAAGAUAUCAACCCGACAACACCCCGAGCAACAAUGCAAGAAGCCACACAUGCCUUACCAUACAAAAUACUUAA